CCUUCGUCGCAAUCGCGAAUACAUCGUCGUUCAGUCUGACGACCCAAAUAUUCGCCAGGUCGGUGUCAGCUGGGCUGAGGUGUUAUAUUUUUAGUUUCGUUGUUUUUCCUUUUUAUUUUUCUGGGUCGGUCGUGGCAAACAGCGCGGUGGACAGGCGAUUACGUAAUCGCGGUCUUACACGUGUGUGGUUCGUAGUAGUAUUUCGACCGAAAUGUUUAAUUUAAAAUUGUUAAAAGCGGCACCGUUCAAGGGCGAAAUCGCGACCAUCAUCAAGGUUCUACCGGCCACGGUCAAUUCUACCCAGACUAGAAAUUAUGCCGACCAUGUCAUACCUGAUCGUCUUAAGGACAUGCCCGACAACCCAAACCCAAAAUUCUUCGACAUGGUUGAGUACUUUUUCCACAAAGCGUGCGUCCUGGUCGAGGACAAACUCGUCGACGACUUGGCGAAGGUCAAAGGCUCCAAACUGACUUUAGAGCAAAGAAAAGCUAAAGUCAGGGGUAUUUUAACCCACAUGGAACACUGCGAUCACAUCAUCGAAGUGGCGUUCCCGAUAAAAAGGGACAACGGCGAAUACGAAGUCAUUAAGGGGUACCGGGCUCAGCACAGUACCCACAGACUACCUUGCAAGGGAGGAAUGCGUUUCUCGCCGGAGGUUAACAAGGACGAGGUCAAGGCCUUGGCGGCCUUGAUGACGUUCAAGUGCGCAUGUGUCGAUGUGCCCUUCGGCGGCGGCAAAGCCGGCGUAAAAAUCGACCCCAAGAAGUAUUCCGAACACGAGCUCGAGAAGAUCACCAGACGGUUCACACUGGAAUUGGUUAAGAAGGGAUUUAUUGGGCCGAGUAUUGACGUGCCAGCGCCCGACAUGGGCACCGGCGAACGGGAAAUGUCCUGGUUAGCCGACACAUAUUCGAAAACCAUCGGGUACCAAGACAUCAACAGUCACGCAUGCGUCACCGGCAAACCCAUCAACCAGGGCGGCAUCCACGGUAGGGUUUCGGCCACGGGUCGCGGAGUCUUCCACGGCAUCGAGAACUUCAUCAACGAAGAGUCCUACAUGAAAAUGUGCGGGUUGCAGCCCGGUUGGAAAAACAAGACGUUCAUCGUUCAGGGUUUUGGUAACGUGGGCUUGCACACCAUGCGAUACCUCGACAGGGCAGGCGCGAAAUGCAUCGGCAUUAUCGAGUAUGACGGUUCCAUUUACAACCCCAACGGUAUCGACCCCAAGGAACUCGAAGAAUGGAGGGUAAACAACGGGACUAUCAACGGGUUCCCCGGCGCCGAAAAAUACGAAGGGGACUUGCUGUUUCACGAAGUGGACAUCCUCGUCCCAGCCGCCACUGAAAAAGUUAUCCACAAGGGCAACGCUCACCAAAUUAAAGCCAAGUUGAUCGCUGAGGCGGCCAACGGCCCAAUCACUCCCGCCGCCGACCAAAUAUUGAUCAAGAAAAACAUCCUAGUCAUUCCGGAUUUGUAUGUGAACGCAGGCGGUGUGACCGUGUCCUAUUUCGAAUGGUUGAAAAACAUCAACCACGUGUCAUACGGCAGACUGACGUUCAAAUACGAGAAGGACUCGAAUUAUCAUCUAUUCCAAUCUGUGCAGGAGUCGUUGGAGCGCAAGUUCGGAAAGGAUUACGGCUCGAUCCCGAUCACGCCUUCUCAAAUUUUCCAAAAGAGGAUCGCCGGCGCCUCCGAAAAAGACAUAGUACACUCGGGCCUCAAUUUCACGAUGGAAAGGUCGGCCAAGGCCAUUCAGGAUACGGCCGACGUGUAUGGCCUAGGAUUGGAUCUUAGAAUUGCAGCUUACAUUAAUUCCGUACACAAAAUUUUCCACACCACCAGUACGGCAGGAUUUGCUUUUUAGUCACUUUCUUUUACCACAAAAUUUCCCCAAACAAACUUCUAAUUUUACACUUUGUACCAUUUUUAUUUUACAUUGAAUUGCAUACGAAUUUGAAUCGAGCAGUAAACAACGUAAUAAGUACUAAUCAGGUAUUAUUUUCAGUUUGAGGUUAUGUGCUCUGUUUUUGCAUUCAGGGCAGGGAUUCGCACCGAUUUCAAUCUCACGGACAAACAGAACUAGUUCUAACCAGAAAUGGCGAUUUUUUUAAAUUUAAAUGACUCUUUGACUCCAAUUGAAUUUAAAUGACAUAAAAUUAUAUCCGAAUCCUUGCCAGUUUACAACUGUUGCAGUUUUUUUGGUCCUUUUAGUUUAGGUGAUAAACAAUUCGAUCUAAAGAAAAAUCAUAUCGAAAGUAACAAUUGAGCUCCUUAUUUUUUUAUCGAUUUUAAUACUUUUUAUAUUGGUUAAUUUUAAAUGUCAGCUGUGCAAAUCUUGAUUUCUAUGAUAAUAUGCCCCCUAAGCAAAAUGAAAUAGAAAUUGUGGAAGACUAUUUUCGUUACUUACAUAUCUCGGAGUUACUUGGCUGUUGACAUCAUAUACUGAUCAAUCGUAACAUAAUUAAAAUAUUCAGGCCAAACCUUUUUCAUUAAACUUGAAUUGUUAUCUUAAUCGGGAUAGGGCUGAAAGGAGUUGUAGGUACAUUCUUAAUACUUGUCUAUUAACUAAGAAAUAUAUUUAAAGAAAUGUGUAGCCGUUCCCUAAAUACUGUAUACCAGAAAAACAUGUAGGCUGAAAAAAAUAUGAAACAUUGUACAUAAGCAGUCCAUCAAAAGCAUUCCAAGAAUAUUGGUAAUCAUUUUUGUAUUUUCCUAAAAAUAUGUCUAUGUGGAAAACUGUACAUAGUUCAGACGGAAAUAAAUUUAAAGAGUAUUAAA